AUGGGUAGUGGCACAGGAGAGGAACAAGAUGGGGUAGGGGAGAAAGAGGGGGGAGAGGAGGGGGAUGAAGCUGGGGGGUUGGGGGAGCCAGAGGGGGAGGAAGUGGCGGGGGUAGGGGGGAUGGGGAGGGCGGGGAGGAAGGCGGUGUUGUUGCAUGAGACGGAUAAGAGUGAUAAAAUCAGUACGGCGCAUUUCAGAACCAUCGAGACUUGCACGGUGCUGCCUUGGUUUGAAGAGGGCAGCUUUGAGGAGAGCAGCUUUGAUGCACAGAGUGUGGAGGGGAGCAGCCUUGCGGGGAGCAGCUGGGAGGGAAGCAGAUUGGAGGGAGGUGGGGCAGAAGGAGGGAGGGGCGUGGGACGGCAGGAGCGGCGGAGAUUCGUUCGCGUUGUGAUUCAAGGAGAGUCGUUCAUGCUGCAUCAGAUUCGCAAGAUGGUGGGGACGGCCUUGGCAGUCCUCCACGGAGCCAUCCCCUCGUCCAUGCUGCUGCCCUCCCUCGCUCGCCACUCCCGCAUCGUGCUGCCCCUCGCUCCGCCCCAAGGCCUCCUAGUGGCCGACUGCUCCUUCAUGCCCUUCCGGGCGCCGAAGCUGCCCGGAAACAAAUCGCCCGCUGCGCAGGUUUCCACUGCCCAAGGGGAGAGUGCUGCCGGCAAUGCCGCAGUGGGUGGGAGGAGAUCCUUCUUGUGGACCGGUGGGUGCGUGAGGAGGAGCAAGGAGUGGUGGAGGGGUUUACAGAGUGGUGGAGGGGUUUACAGAGUGGAAGCGUCACAGGAGGGUGGAGGGGCAGGUGUGGAGCUGUGCAGCGGGGAGGAGAAUUUUGAGGCGCCUCAGGAGAAUCUGCUGGCGUACCAGUGGGUGUGUGAGGAGGAGAGGGCCAUUGUGGAAGGGUAUUCCAAGUGGAAGUAG